ACUGAUUUCCCGGAAGCAGAGUUUUGGAUAUGUCUUCCAACGUGAAGUUUAUAAUAAAUGCAGGCAUUAUAGUUGGUGGCGUGAGUGCUGUGUAUGGAUUUUGGUAUCUGUUUUCAGAAGGCGGCCAAGCAAGACAAAAGGAAAUCGUGAAGAAACUUCCUGAGGGAAAUGUUAUUCGGAUGGAGGAAUCAAAGCUCCGAACUGCAUUAACGAUGCAGGUCAUCAAAAAGGCAGCAGAAAGUAAUGAGAAUAUUUCCAGGAAGCCACCAUGGGGCAGUUAGUGGCAGUGUGCUUCUGUAUCCUGCACAUCAGCAACAGAAAAGUCCGCUUGUUAGCGUGCAAGACUCGCUUUAAAUGAAGAAAUGGUGCUGAGAAAAACUUUUGGUGUAGAUGUUGAACAGCUUUUAAACUGGGGAUCUGAAAUCCAUGGUACACAACUACUUUCUGGGACUUGGACCUUAUUAUGAAUGUGUAAAUAUCUGAUGUAAUUUUUUUGGAUUGUAUGCUGCCAUUAAAGUGGCUUACUACA